AUGGCCAGUCACGGCAUAGCCCGCACUGCGCGGUCUCGGACAGAAGAGCAGCGGAAACAGGACUUGGUUAAGAUCGAAACGUACCGUAACCUCGAGGACCAAAUUCGCGAAAAGAUAUCCGACAACCACUACGGACCCGAGACAUUCCAGCUCACCUCGAAGCUCCUGCGCCUCAACCCAGAGUAUUACACGAUAUGGAACGCCCGCAGGCGCUGUCUAAUCUCUGGCUUAUUAUCCAAACCGUCGGAUGGAUCGCCGCCCUCGAAGGUGUCGCAGAAUAUUAUAGCGACCGACAUUCCCACAACCUCUUCCGCCGCUUCGUCGCCCUCAUCCUCGACAGAGACCCGGCCACGCCCCAACCCCCCGACAGCUGGGAAGACUGGUACAACAACUGACAGUGGUACUGACGCCGAAGUCAUCCGCGCCGAGCUGGCUUUCACUGUUCCCCUUCUGCUGGAGUUUCCUAAAUGCUACUGGAUAUGGAACUAUCGACUCUGGACACUUGACCGCGCAAUCGAGAGGCUCGAUGUAUCUAUAGCCCGGCGCAUUUGGGAGGAGGAGCUGAGUCUUGUUAGUAAGAUGCUUACCAAGGACCGGCGCAAUUUCCAUGCUUGGGGCUACCGUCGUCACGUCGUAGCGCAGCUCGAAAGCCCUCUCUUAAAUGGCCAGAGCUUGGUCGAAUCCGAGUUUCUGUAUACCACCAAGAAGAUCCAUGAGGAUCUCUCUAAUUUCUCGGCGUGGCAUAAUCGUAGCCAGCUUAUAACGAGGCUUCUCGGCGAACGUAACGCGGACGACGAGUCACGCAAAGCUUUCUUGGACCAAGAACUUGAACUUGUCGACGAAGGUCUGAACGUAGGACCUGAAGAUCAGUCAUUGUGGUACUACCACCAGUUUCUCGUCCUGAAUCUGGCCGAUCCCACUUCUAGCCGCCAAAUAGCCCCAAACCUCACACUGGGUGACCGCAAAUCAUAUAUUGAAUGCGAAAUGACCAACAUCAAAGACCUAUUAGAAGAUUACCGUAAUACCAAACGGAUCUACGAAGCUCUCGCUGAGUAUGCGAUGGCAUUGGCCCAACUUAGUGGGCAGCCGCUUGGGUCUGACGAACAGACCGAGGUCGCGUCCUGGCUGAGCGAUCUGAGAAAACUAGAUCCCAAGCGAAAUGGGCGAUGGCAUGAUUUGGAGAAGCAGUUAGAUUUAUUAAACUCCUGA